AGAUAGUGGAGGGGUCAAAAGUUUGAGAACACAAACCAAUGAAAAAAAAUGGAUCAGAAGACACUGAAUGACAUUGCAGAAAAUCUUGGCGUGCUUUAUGAGGUGUUAGACAACAUUUCUGAUGGUAGAAAGACCUUCAGGGCAUGUCUAACACUCACAAACAACAGUAACAAACCUCUAAAAGCUGGGAGAUGGGGAAUUUAUUUCUGUCAUGUUCGAAUGAUAGAACCAGAUGUGCUACCAGAUGAAAAAUAUGUCUUGAUUCCAGAAGCACAGGUGAAGAUCUCCCACAUUAAUGGCUGCCUGUUUGUUUUGGAACCAGCAAGAUAUUUCAAAACUUUAGAGCAGGGGUGUUCUCUGAAAAUUUCGUUCAAGGGGCAGUAUUAUUCUGUGGCCAAAACGGAUGUGAUGCCUAACUGGUACUUUGCUGCUGAAGGAUGUUAUCCAGCACUAAUACAAAGCACUGUGGAUGAAACAUUAGGCUUUGUGGCUGACUUUGACACACCAUUAAAGUGGAAGCGGUUUGAUUAUUCCGUUGGCUAUGGGAGACGUAUUGAUGCCUAUAAUCCUUAUACGGCAGGGGAACGCUAUGAAAAAAAUGCAAGAGCAGAUGGCCGGGUGAUUGCUCAAAUGGUCAUACCAACACCGUUGCACUUGUCCAAAAGGGAGGGAAAGUUUGUCACAGUCACAACAGACAAAUGGGUCAUUAGCUGCACCAGCCACAGCUUAGUAAAUGAAGCAAAAUAUCUGGCAGAAAAGACUUUGCUGCCAGUAGACGAGGGUCAUCAGGAGUGUCGGAGAGCAACUGUGCACCUGGAAUUGUGCGACACUGCUACUAUCCUCUCAGGAAGACAGGUAACAGGCUUGUUUGUAGAAGAGGCUUACCAGAUCCGUGUCAGUGCUGAGGAUGAUCAGGUAACCAUUCAGGGGACUAAUCCCGCGGGUGUGUUUUAUGGCAUCCAGACAUUCUUGAGCCUGUGGAAUCCAGAUGGGCGUGUCCCUGAGGUGAAGAUCCAGGAUGCUCCUCGCUUCCCUUACCGUGGCAUGCACAUUGAUGUUGUGAGAAACUUCCACUCAGUGAGGGAUAUAAAGCUGUUGCUAGAGACGAUGGCCAUGUAUAAACUCAACAAACUCCAUUUUCAUUUGACGGAUGAUGAAGGUUGGAGGCUUGAGAUUCCUGGCUUAGAAGAGCUGACACAGAUUGGUGGUAAAACAGGCCACGACUUAAGUGAGACAAAAUGUAUUCUUCCUGUACUUGGAUCUGGUCCUGAAAUCCGAUCAGCCUUUUACUCCAUAGAGGAGUACCGUGACUUGCUUUUGUAUGCAAAACUUCGCCAUAUUGAAAUCAUUCCGGAGAUUGACAUGCCUGGCCAUGCUCAUGCAGCUAUCAAAACUAUGCAGUUACGUCAGGAUAGGUUGAAGGAAAUGGGAAGAAAAUUUGAGGACUACACCCUUGUGGGCAAAACCUCAGGUGGGGACCAUCUCUCGGUGCAGAAGUAUGUGAACAAUGCCAUUGAUCCAGGUUUGGAAUCAACAUAUGCUUUUGUUAGAAAAGUGAUCUCAGAACUUAUUUCUCUGCAUGCCAAUAUUUCCCCAUUGAGGUCAUUUCACUUUGGUGGUGACGAGGUACCAACAAAGUCGUGGAGAGACUACCAGGCUUGUCAAAAGCUUCUCUCUGAGGGUAUCGUUGACAGUGAAGAAGAUCUCAUGGAAUAUUUCGUGAAGCGCGUUGCUGAAGUUGCUGCUGAAUGUAACGUGGACCUGUCAGCUUGGCAGGAUGCAGUGCUCUUUGAUGAUGGAGAAAUGAUUGAACGACAUGACAUACCAAGUAAGGAAGUGACUGUGUACGCUUGGUUAAAUCGUUGGGAGGUUAGAUUGGCUGACUCUGGGAACCGCUUAGCAAACUCAGGUUACAAGGUGGUAAUGGCACAGGGCACCCAUCUCUACUUUGACCAUCCUUAUGAACCAGAUCCUAAUGAGAGAGGGCUGUACUGGGCCACUCGAUACAUUGACACAUUCAAGACAUUUAGCUUUAUGCCUUUGAAUCUGCUUGGCAACUGUGAUGAGAAACUGUCUGGAGAACCAAUCACAGAUGAGGAUCUAGAGACGGCAGAAAAGGUGUUUGAGCGCUUAGAGAAGCCAGAGAAUGUAAUAGGUAUUCAGGGCCAGCUAUGGAGUGAAUUAAUUCGCAGUCCUGAACAACUCCACCAGCUGAUCUAUCCGAGAAUCCUGGCUCUGGCGGAGCGUGCUUGGCAUGAGGCAUCAUGGGAGUCGUACCCAACAAGAUCUGAGAGACAGGCAGUCUUGCAUGAUGAUUGGUCAUCAUUUGCAGCAGCAUUAGGGAGCCAUGAGCUGAAGCGUCUAGAUGACCUGGGCAUCAUGUACCAUGUGCCCCUUCCAGGGGCCAGAUUAGUAGAUGGUUAUAAGCUGUACACAAACACAGCAUAUCCUGGCCUCUCUGUGGAACACAGCCUGGAUGGAGGAAAACACUGGAAAGAAGCACAUGAUGGAACAGAAGUGUACGAAUCCUCAGUGCUCCUACGCACCAGAUCUGCAGAUGGGAAACGUGUUAGUCGGGUGAUUUCGAUAGAUGCUGGUACACAGCCAUCAACAGACUCUGCCAAUCAGCAGAUAGCCGCCAGUCCUCUCAAUCAGAGUUAAACAGAGUGAAAGAAAGAACUGAAAAACAUAUGUACAGAAAAAAAUAUGUACAGAGUAAAAUAACCUUGUUUUUGAAGAUGGGGCAGAGUAGUGUAAUGUUUGUCCUACCCGAGCGUUUCUAUAAUGUGUAUCUGAGGUAAUUGUGUAUCUUGCAUAUGUGAAUUAUCUACCUCAAGUCUGGACAUGAUCGUUCCCAUGCAAGGCUUUGCUAUGCACAUUACUAUUGCUCUUUGUGAAAUAUCUUCUUAAAGACCACAGGGUUUUCUUUAACUGCAGGUGUCUCGAAACACCUUGGUUAACUUUAGUGCUAUCUUAAGUUGUGGUAUAAUUAAAUUGUUGAUUUUGUGUCAGGGACCAUUCAUGUUUUACACAUGCAAACUUAUUUUACCAGCUACACACUUACCAGUGAGUCCUCUCGCUCUGAUUCUGCCCAGUCUGAUAAAUUCAUGUUUUAUACCACCAUA